AUGCCGCUUCAAGGCUAUCUCAAGGAUCUCUUCGACGGGGCUGGGCCGAGUAGCGGGCCAAAGUACGCUGAGCUCGAGUCUGCGUGGCUCAAGGUCGUCGAUCAGGAAGGGGGCGACUAUGAGCCGUCGUCAGAUUAUCUACGGUCUCUGGGUAUCCCAGAUGAGGACAUGGCACAGGUGGCCGUGCCACAUCUGCUCGACAACCUCGGCAUCGACAGCAUCGAGGACGGCCAGUCGCGAGACGCUUCUGCGCUUACCCCCUCGAUAGCUCAAUCGCCCCACCUUGGACAAGGAUCAUCUUCCUCACCUGUCAUCAGGCAGGCGUCGCAUAUGAAGGGAGGAUACUCGCUGCAUGACCGGAUAAAGAUGCACCUCCCCAUAUCGUCCACAUUUAGCGCGCUCAUUGGACUUCUCGCUGGAAAGCGAGUCAAUGAGGAUAUCCAGAGCGAGCUGGUCGAGAUUCUUGGGUUUGAAGGGAACGGCCUGAGCCUGGUGGAGGAGCUGUUGCGCCCGGGGGCAAGAGAUAGAGUUGUGGAAGACAGUGGACUGCUCGGGAACAAGAAGGGCGGCGCAAAUGGCCAAUCCCAGUCAUCAGGCAACACCUACCUCCCCUCCUCCCGGCUGAAUGUUAACGCUACGAAGGGCAAGCAAAAGAAGCAAGCCAUCGACCUUUCAGAGAUGAUUGGCUCUAGCGAAGAUAUUGCUAGGAGGAUACAUGCGCAGCUGGAUAGACCAAAAGCCUUGUUCUCUGAUGAUGGACCGCGCGUCUUCGAGCAGGAGAUCUUGCCUCACGUAUAUACCACAUCGUCCGCUACCUCUGGCAUGUCGAUGGGAGGGAAGCUUGCCAUGCCUGCUGGGACAACGAGGGAAAUCUUUGAGACGCACGAAUCGGUGGUCAUCCCACCUGUCAUGGCUGUUCCGCCACGAGUCACAGAGCGCCCAGUCCGGAUACAUGAUCUGCCUCCAAUGGCCAAGGGAUGUUUCCCCAACUACGUCACCCUCAACCGCAUGCAGAGUAUCGUGCAGCCAACAGCCAUGAACACGAAUGAGAAUCUCUUGAUCUGUGCCCCCACUGGUGCUGGUAAAACGGAUGUAGCACUCAUGGCAAUCCUCCGCGUUCUCAGUCAGAACAUUCGAGAAGGCCCAACCUCCCACGGAUCCGGUUUCAACAUCGACAGGGACGCGUUCAAGGUCAUCUACGUUGCUCCGAUGAAGGCGCUCGCGGCGGAAAUCACCCGGAAGUUUGGGAAGCGGCUGGCAUGGCUUGGGAUCAAGGUCCGGGAAUUGACGGGAGACAUGCAGUUGACGAGGCAAGAGAUCGCGGAGACACAAAUUAUCGUGACGACGCCGGAGAAGUGGGAUGUGGUGACGCGGAAGCCAACGGGUGAAGGCGAACUUGCAUCGAAAGUACGACUUCUCAUCAUCGACGAGGUACAUCUUCUCAACGAAGAGCGAGGAGCCGUCAUCGAGACCAUCGUCGCCCGCACCCUGCGUCAAGUCGAGUCCAGUCAAUCCCUUAUCCGUAUCGUCGGUCUUUCCGCUACCCUUCCCAACUAUAUCGACGUCUCCGACUUCCUCCGCGUCAACCGAUAUCAGGGUCUCUUCUUCUUUGACGCCUCGUUCCGUCCUGUCCCGCUCGAACAACACUUCCUCGGUAUCCAAGGUAAGGCGCGAUCUCAGCGUCAAGCCCAAAACAUGGACCGCGUCGUCUUUGACAAGGUGUCUGAGCUCGUCCAGGAGGGACACCAGGUCAUGGUGUUCGUCCAUGCCCGCAAGGAGACUGUCAAGUCGGCGACGAAGUUGAAGGAGAUGGCGCUGGAUGAAGGGGUAGCGACGUUCUUUGAGAACAUUGAACAUCCGAAAUACCACCAAUAUAGGCGGGACAUCGCGACGAGUCGGAAUAAGGAGAUGAAGGAUCUGUUUGAGGCGGGGUUUGGUAUACAUCAUGCGGGGAUGUUGAGGUCGGAUAGGAACAUGAUGGAGAAGAUGUUUGAGGAUCAGGCUAUCAAGGUGCUAUGCUGUACCUCGACCCUGGCGUGGGGUGUCAACUUGCCCGCUCAUGCUGUCAUUAUCAAAGGCACGCAAGUGUACGAUUCGUCCAAGGGUGCUUUCAUGGAUCUCUCCAUCCUCGACGUACUGCAAAUCUUCGGUCGUGCCGGUCGGCCGGGAUACGAAACCAGCGGUGUCGGUUACAUUUGUACCGCUCACGAUAAGCUUGAUCAUUAUCUUUACAGCAUCAUGUCGCAGCAUGCUAUCGAAAGCAAGUUUAUACCGGGUAUGGUGGAUAGUCUGAAUGCGGAGAUCGCGCUGGGGACGAUUGCGAAUGUGCAAGAAGGGAUCCAGUGGUUGGGCUAUACGUAUCUCUUCGUGCGUAUGCGCAAAGAACCGAUGAUCUACGGAAUGUCGCACGAGGAACCCAGAGACGACCCGCAGCUCGGCAACCAGCGGAACAAGCUCAUCAUCCAAGCUGCUCGGCAACUCUCAACGGCCAAGAUGAUCCGGUACGACGAGGUACACAACGCCUUUGUCAUCUCGGAUCUCGGUCGGAUCGCUGCAAAGUAUUACCUCAAGUACCAGACUAUCGAGAUUUUCAAUGAGCUGUUCCACCCCAAGAUGAAGAACGCAGACAUGUUCGCCAUGCUCUCACAGUCGACCGAGUUCGACCAGAUCCAGGUCCGCGACAACGAGAUCGAGGAGCUCACAGCGAUCUUGAAGAGUGACCAUUGUCCGAUGGAAGUCAAGGGGGGCGUCACCAACAAACACGGAAAGGUCAACAUCCUGCUCCAAGCGCACAUCUCCCGCGUCUUUCUGGAAGACUUCGCCCUGGUCUCGGACAUGGCCUACGUCGCGCAGAACGCUGCCCGUAUCAUCCGCGCUCUUCUCGAGAUUGCGCUCAGCCGGAACUGGGCCAAUAACGCCAUCCUCCUCAUCGACCUGUCCAAAGCUAUCGAGAAGCGGAUGUGGCCGUACGAGCACCCUCUCGCCCAGAUCACCACUAUCCAGCGGGAUACUCUCUUCAACCUGAAGAAGUGGCAGGACGAUACCGAAAUUUCCGAGCUCAGGCUUCUUACUCCCACUGAGCUCGGAGACCGGAUCCACAUGAAUGAGCGGCAUGGCGGGGCUAUACGGGACGCGGCGCUCAUGUUCCCGACGGUUUCGGUCGAACAUGCGCUCAAGCCACUCAGCCAUGAGCUCCUGCAGCUCUCGGUCACGGUCACACCGGAGUUCAAGUGGAACGCCAAGCUCUCGUCCACGGCGGAGCCAUUCUACGUCUGGGUGCAGGAGGAGGGAGGCGUCAAUAUCCUCCAGUGGCGGAGCAUCCUCAUUCGGCCGGAAACAUCUUCAAUCAGCAUCGACUUCCUCAUCCCUUCCGGCGAUAACCCACCCGAAUCGGUCACCAUCGUGUCCGCUUCGGACAGAUGGCUUGGCUCGGAUACCAACACCGUCGUCCCCCUUACGGACUUGGUCGUUCCCCAACCUCCUCCUGAAGCGACCGAGCUCCUCGAUAUCCCCUUCCUCCAUAUCUCGGCGCUAGACGAUCCCCUCCUCGUCAAGUCCUACUCUCGGAUCAUCACCGCUAUGAAUAGCUUCCAGUCCCAGGUGUUCUGGCCGGCAUACCAUACCCAGGCGAACCUCCUCCUCUCCGCUCCCGUCGGAAGCGGGAAGAGCUUCAUCGGCGAGAUGGCUAUCUGGCAUGCUUUCAGGCACGAGCCAGAAGGGAGCGUCAUGGUGGUGAUGCCCACCUUGGGCGCGAUGCUGGAGAUGGCGGCCAAGCUUCGGCACAUCUGUCCCGUCCCAAAGCGGCUGGAGGUGGUUAUCCUCAGUCGCCAUUCGGACUUUACGCUCGCCCUCAGCCGAAAGGGUCAGAUCGCUGUCACGUACCCCGGUGCUAUCAUGAACGAGGAGGAUGAGACUAUUCUCCGCUUCCUUCCUAACUUCGGAUUAUAUGUCUUUGAGGAUCUUCACCUCCUCGACGACCUAUACGAGCUGGCUAUCGCUCGGAUCCUCGUCGUCGCUCGUCCUAUCCGAUCCCGGAUCGUCGGUCUCACGGCGAGCCUGAACGACCCGACCGACCUCGGGGAAUGGCUAGGCGUAGACGAGGUCAACCGCUUCAGCUUCUACCCUUCGGACCGGAGCAGCCCCGUCGCCGUUUCAGUCAAAUCCUUCACGAUCCCCCACUCGGCAUCGCUGAUCAAGGCUAUGAUCAAGCCGGCAUAUGACGUCCUCAAGGCGUCUCCGGGAGGGGCCAUUGUCUUUGUCCCCUCUCGCGCGGCUUGCCGGACUGUGGCGGCUGAUCUAGUCACACAGUCCGGAACCGAAAUGGACCUGAACGGCUUCCUCGGCGCGCCCAGACUGGACGUCGAGCCGUUGCUGGAGCGUCUUCGGGAUCAGGCGCUGUACGAGCCCAUUCUUCGCGGGAUUGGCUACGUCCUCCCCACAAUGUCAGCGGCGGAUACGUCAAUUGUCCUCGAGCUCUUCGCCUCGGGUAUCAUCCGCGCACUCAUCGUACCUCGCGAAGCCGCCUGGUCAUUGCCGCUCCGGAGCGAUGUCGUCCUUCUUCUCGGAGCGCAAUACGUCAAGUCGGACGCUACCAAGCAAGACCGGCAGAUCACCAGCUACUCGCGCGUCGAGCUUGUCCGAAUGCAAGGGUUCGCCAUCUCCUCGGCCAAUCCUCAGAGCGGCGGAGGGCGGAUGUUCGUCAUGUGCCAGGCGGAACAGGUCGUCUCUAUACAAUCUACGUUAUCAGACGGUCUCCCACUCGAAUCCUCAUUCCCAGAAAUCCUAUCCAAAUCGUCCUCGUCCGGUCGAUGGGCGGGAUCAGGCCUCAACCGGAUGUUGAGGGAACGUGACGCCCCUCCUCGACCGCAGCUCCACCGGCCCCGUAUACCCGAUAUGCGCAAGAGGGACCUUAUGGACCUUAUCGGCUGGACAUUCUUUGCCAAGCGGGCUCGGUCGAACCCAACUUAUUACGGUCUGUAUCCUGAUAAUGAGGCCGAGGGGAUUUCGAGAAUACUGGACAAGUGGUUUGAGGGGAGGGAGUGGGCACAGGUCAAUUGGCCCGUCGCGAAUGGCGAGAAGAAGGCUGCGGGGAAGAAGGGAGUAGAUGGCGUCAAGGAGGAGAAGAUUGAAGGGGAACAUAGCACUAUCAUUGGGGCGGAGAAGGUGGGAGGUGAUGGAGCAGCGGGAGUGGAAGGGGAGGUUGCCGCUGACGAGGUGCUACCGGAAGCCGGUGUGGGGGAGAGAGAUGGAGAGACGGUAGAGAAGCCAUAA